AUGAAGGCCCGGACCCGAGUCCUGAUACUGGGGGCGGCAGGACGCGACUUCCACAAUUUCAAUGUGCUGUUCCGUGACAACGACGAUGUCGAGUGCGUCGGCUUCACGGCGGCGCAGAUCCCCAACAUAGAGGGCCGCUUGUAUCCGCCUGAGCUAUCGGGCAAGCUGUACCCUGAGGGCCUGCACAUCUGGGCCGAGGAGGAGCUGGAGCAGGUCAUUCGCGACCAGAGAGUGGACAAGUGCCUGCUGUCCUACUCAGAUUUGCCGCACUCCAAGGUCAUGCUGCUGGCGGGGCGGUGCCUGGCGGUGGGCGCCGACUUUGAGCUGGCGGCGCCCGAGAAGACGUACCUGCGCAGCUGCAGGCCUGUGGUGGCCACCUGCGCGGUGCGCACUGGGUGCGGAAAGAGCCAGGUGUCGCGCUACAUCAUCGACGAGCUGCAGAAGCGGGGCAAGAAGUGCGUGCUGGUGCGGCACCCCAUGCCGUACGGCAACCUGGCGGAGCAGGCUGUGCAGCGGUUUGAGAGCUACGAGGACCUGGCCACACACAAGGUGACCAUCGAGGAGCGGGAGGAGUAUGAGCAGCACAUCAAGGCGGGCACAGUGGUGUACGCAGGCGUGGACUACGAGGCCAUUCUGCGGCAGGCGGAGAAGGAGGCAGAUGUGGUGAUCUGGGAUGGCGGCAACAACGACACCCCCUUUUACCGUCCCGACCUCUUCAUCUGCAUCACCGACCCGCACCGCGUGGGCCACGAGCAGCGCUUCUACCCAGGCGACGUCUGCUUCAGGAUGGCGGACGCGAUUGUCAUCAACAAGGCCAACACCGCGCCCGCUGGGGCAGUGGAGAAGCUGAAGGAGGCUGCAGCCAAGAUCAACCCCGGUGCCGCGGUGUACGUGACCGACAGUGAUAUUGUGGUUGAUGCCCCGGAGCUGGUGAAGGGCAAGCGGGUGGUAUUGAUUGAGGACGGGCCCACGCUAACCCAUGGAGGCAUGGCCUACGGCGCCGGCAAGUUUGCUGCUGAGAAGUUUGGGGCGGGCGAGCUGGUGGACCCUCGCCCCUACCUGGUGGGCUCCAUGCUGCUCACCUACCGCAAGAACCUGCACCUGGGCAAGCUCAUCCCGGCCAUGGGGUACUACCCCGAGCAGAUUGCAGACCUGGAGGCCUCUAUCAACGCGGUACCCUGCGACACAGUCAUCAUCGCAACCCCCAUGGACCUGCGCAAGAUCAUCAACAUCGAAAAGCCGGCCACUGUGGUGUCGUACGCGGUGCAGGACCGCGACCCUCCCUUCCUGCGGGAGGAGGUGGACAAGAUGGUGAAGCGCUGCUUCUGAGGCCGGCCGUGGAGGGCUUGCCGCAGCAGGAGGGCAGCUGGACCGAAGAAUUCCCCCUCUGCCAUGAAUUCACAUCGGCAGCCGCUGGCGCCAUUCUUCCUGGCCUGCCAUAAGGACAGACCGCGCAGCGCCUGACAGCAUGACAACAGAACGGAUAAACAAGACUGAACAAACCCGGAGGCUUUUCGAGGGAUUACUGCGAGCGUCGAAAGUGUGCUUUUUUGUCGCCCACAGCCUGUUACAUUGUACCAUUAUCCCCAAUCUCCCUUUUUUGUUUGAUAUGGGCCUUGCAUGCCCACAAGCCCAGUUUUCCUGGCGUGCUCAGUGCCCUGCUCCCCCUGCCUGUGCCAAUCAACACGUCGUUCAACAUAAGCCAUCAGCUAAGCUACACAUGCUUGGUUUCACAUUGUGCUGGAUGGCUGCAAUUCAAGCGAUGC